AGGCACCGUCUUCAGCUAAGAACAUUUCUGAAACUCCAGACCAAUAUGUGGAGGUUCUGACUGACAGGAGCUGAACUUACCACAGUCAUGACACCUCCUCAUAGCCUCCCAUUCUUAAAACGAGUAGCAGUCUGUGGAGGCACUCAUGGAAAUGAGAUGUCAGGAAUUUUCCUGGCCAAGCACUGGUCACGGGACCCCUCUGAGCUGCAGCGUGACACAUUCCAUGUCACUCCCUUCCUGGGCAACCCUCAUGCAAUUGAAAAGAAUGUGCAUUACAUUGAGAGGGACCUAAAUCACACUUUCUCUGCUGAAUUCCUCAAUUCAAAGGAAGACAUAGAAUCCUAUGAGGUAUUAGAGCUUGGCCCACAGCCUCAAGGGGUACUACGAGCUGACCUCCUUGCUCAGAUGAGAGCUGUUAUGGCCUGUGCCCUGGACUUCAUUGAUCUUUUUAACAAAGGCAUGUUGUUUCCAGCCUCUGAGAUUGAUGCACAUAAGCUGUUCAGAGUAGAUUACCCCUGCUAUCCUGAUGGUGAGAUUUCUGCCGUGGUACAUUCAAAGCUACUAGAUAAAGAUCUCCUGCCCCUGAAGCCUGGAGACCCCAUUUUCCAGACAGCCAGUGGGGAGGAUAUUUCGUACAAGGGUGAUGACAUCACCUACCCAGCCUUUAUUAAUGAGGCAGCCUACUAUGAGAAGAAAGUGACCUUUGUCCAGAUGGAAAAACACACAUUCUCCUUGCCUGAACUGCAAAAGCAGCUUUAA